AUGGGCGGCGGAGCACACUACCCAUACCCCAAGGAAGUCUGGACCCCGUCCGGCGGCUGGUGGACGCGCCCCAAGAACUGGGCGACCAACACGGUCGUCGCUGUCGUUGGCAUCGGACUCGCGACGUACGGCGUCUGGCGCGUGAGCGCGCGCAACGAGGAGCGCCACAUCGCCCCGACCAAGCCCAUCCCCUCGGCACGGUGGUCCCCCCAGGCGGCCGCCCUCGGCGUGCGCAAGGAGUAGAAACAUGCAGAUGAAUGAUACGUUGCGUAUUG